AUGUGCUGUUUCCGGUCGUACUCGGAAGCACGACUCCCAGCCGUAGCUGGGACUAUCGGCAACUGCGAGCGGUGUGAGUUUUCUUAAAACUGCUCGUCUCGGAGCCAGUAAGCAGCUAACAUGUCUAGCAGAAACAAUAACAAGCUGCCCAGCAACCUGCCGCAGUUACAGAAUCUGAUCAAGCGAGACCCACCGGCUUACGUGGAGGAGUUUCUACAGCAGUAUAAUCACUACAAAUCCAAUGUGGAGAUUUUCAAAUUACAACCAAAUAAACCCAGCAAAGAACUGGCAGAGCUGGUGAUGUUUAUGGCACAGAACAUCCUUAAUAUGUGCAUAUGAAUUAUAGGAGAGAAAGAAAAACUUCAGAAGAGCCUUUGCUUUGUUACAGAUUGGUCAGUGUUAUCCAGAACAUUUAAGUAACUUUCCUCAAGAGCUGAAAGAUCUUCUCUCCUACAACCACACUGUCUUGGAUCCAGAUCUCCGAAUGACAUUUUGCAAAGCUUUGAUCUUGCUGAGAAAUAAGAAUCUCAUCAAUCCAUCAAGUUUGCUAGAACUCUUCUUUGAACUUCUGCGUUGCCACGAUAAGCUUCUUCGAAAGACUUUAUAUACUCAUAUUGUGACUGAUAUCAAGAAUAUAAAUGCGAAACACAAGAACAAUAAAGUGAAUGUAGUAUUGCAGAAUUUCAUGUAUACCAUGUUAAGAGAUAGCAAUGCAACUGCAGCCAAGAUAUCUUUGGAUGUGAUGAUUGAACUCUACAGAAGAAACAUCUGGAAUGAUGCCAAAACUGUCAAUGUGAUCACCACAGCAUGUUUCUCUAAGGUCACCAAGAUAUUAGUUGCUGCUCUGACAUUCUUCCUUGGAAAAGAUGAAGAGGAGAAACAGGACAGUGACUCAGAAUCUGAGGAUGAAGGACCAACAGCAAGAGACCUGCUAGUGCAGUAUGCCACAGGGAAGAAAAGCUCCAAAAACAAGAAAAAGUUGGAAAAGGCUAUGAAAGUCCUCAAGAAACAAAAGAAGAAGAAAAAACCGGAGGUGUUUAACUUUUCAGCUAUUCACUUGAUUCAUGAUCCCCAAGAUUUUGCGGAAAAACUACUGAAGCAGCUAGAGAGCUCUAAGGAGAGGUUUGAAGUGAAGAUGAUGCUCAUGAACCUCAUCUCCAGAUUGGUGGGAAUUCAUGAGCUUUUUCUCUUCAACUUCUACCCCUUUGUGCAGAGGUUUCUGCAGCCCCACCAAAGAGAAGUAACGAAGAUCCUUCUGUUUGCUGCACAGGCAUCUCAUCACUUAGUACCCCCAGAGAUCGUGCAGUCAUUGCUCAUGACUGUGGCCAACAAUUUUGUAACCGACAAGAACUCUGGAGAGGUCAUGACAGUAGGAAUCAAUGCUAUAAAAGAGAUAACAGCUCGAUGUCCUCUAGCCAUGACUGAAGAACUUCUCCAAGACCUGGCUCAGUAUAAAACACACAAAGAUAAGAAUGUGAUGAUGUCUGCUAGAACUUUGAUUCAGCUCUUCCGAACACUGAAUCCUCAGAUGUUACAAAAGAAAUUCCGGGGUAAGCCUACAGAGGCCUCCAUAGAAGCAAGAGUGCAAGAAUAUGGAGAACUAGAUGCUAAAGGUUACAUUCCAGGAGCAGAGGUUCUGGAAGUUGAAAAAGAAGAAAAAAAUGCUGAAGAAGAUGAAGAUGAGUGGGAAAACACGAGUCUCAGUGACGAGGCAGUUUCUGAUGGCGAAUGGGUUGAUGUGCACCAUUCUUCCGAUGAAGAACAGAAAGAAAUCUCUGAGAAGCUGAACAGCAUGCCCUUGGAGGAGCGGAAAGCCAAAGCCGCGGCCGUCAGCACCAGCCGAGUGUUAAGUCAGGAAGACUUCCAGAAAAUCCGAACGGCCCAAAUGAGGAAAGAACUCGACGCUGCCCCUGGGAAAGCCCAAAAGAGGAAAUACAUCGAAUUAGACAGUGAUGAGGGGCCCAGGGGUGAGUUACUUUCUCUUCGGGACAUUGAACGCCUUCAUAAAAAGCCAAAGUCUGACAAGGAGACAAGACUAGCCACUGCAAUGGCUGGAAAAACAGACCGAAAAGAAUUUGUGAGGAGAAAAACCAAGAUGAAUCCAUUUUCCAGUUCCACGAAUAAGGAGAAGAAAAAACAGAAGAACUUCAUGAUGAUGCGGUAUAGUCAUAACGUCCGGUCAAAAAAUAAGCGUUCCUUCCGAGAAAAGCAGCUGGCGUUACGAGAUGCUCUCUUGAAAAAGAGAAAAAGAAUGAAGUAACUUCCAAGCAAGUUUUCCAUUCCAGGGAGAAUGCUAAAUUCGUGUCACUACUCUGAAAACUAGUACAUUUAGAAUGUUUACAUUAAAAAGUCCAAAAGCACUAUAUUGUGAAAACCACAGUAAACUUGGUAGCUUCUGGUGUUCUUAUUUUAGAGAUGGGUAGGGGUGGGAAUGUUUGAAAUGUAAACAGUAAUGGUGUUGUAAAAUCAUUUUCAUUUAGUGUUCAUGAAAAAAAAUAUAUAUAGAGAGAGAGAGAGAGAGAGAGUGCCUAUUAAUUGUCACUGAAGAUAUAAAAUUGAAUGAGCCACAACUCCUCACUCAAGGUAUUUAUAGCCUAUUUGUAGGAUGGGGCGAGGGGCAAGUAUGUAUCUGUGUACUUACAGCGUUGUAUAAAUAGUUCUCUAGUAGAGAUAGGUUCAUGCUUCUAUGGGGUCACAGAGGCCUUAUGGACUAACUCUGCAGGGGAUGGGAGUUAUAUAUUCUCUUAAAACAGGACAAUGUUACAAGAGUAAGAGGAUCUUACUUGUAAAUAGGCUUACCUGCCGAAAACAGGUCCCUGCUGUACAGAUUUUGGGUAGACAAUAUAGCUUUUUUAGUCCAUCCAUCCAAAAGAUGUGAUUUUUUUUUUAAUGCCAGAUACUGGCUUUUUGGUUAAAACCUUGCUUUUUACAUCGCCUUACGUAUAAAUAGUAAUCUUGGAGUGGCCUCCGUUCAUCAUUUGGGCUGCUCAUUCUUCCACAGAGGAAAAAGAAAUUAGAUUGGUUUCCUCAGCCUUCCUUCACCCUGUAAUAUUUUCAUCCCACCGUUUGCCAUGUCUCACUCAAUAAAAGGUUUCUAAUGUCAAAUAGGUACUCUGUGUGCUGAGUGGUGUGUGUUGUCUCCCUUCACUAGGUGUGCUUGAGUAGAUUUCAGGGGUCACCGCACGAGAGCCGUGGUCAGCUGUUUGCAAGUUGUUGCGUUUGGAAAUAGUUUGGUGCCCUUUGUCUCAGAUUUCUUAGGUAGUGUGGUAGUUGGGGAAAUUGCUUCAAGCUAGAGGAAAAGGCAAUUUUCUGCCCACCCAGCAGCUUCUAAAACCACUUUUCUUACUCCUUUUCCAGCGUCUUCUGUUCACUUUCUCAGUUCAACUUCAGUUUUAUUUGAAUGAAACUUUGUGACUUUUCCUAAGACGCUCCAUACCACUGGGGAUUAGUUAUGAAGACCUCGCGGUUUACUGAUUAAAUUGCACUGGCCUAGUGAGAGGAGCCCUCAGUCAACCCCCAGCAGCUUCAGCGAUUCACAGGAAGUGUCCGAUGCACGUUUGAACGUUUCAGACCUGAAACUCCUCUCUUCUCUCUUUGAAUUUUUGAACUGGGUGUCUCCUUAUGUGUCUAGCUCCAGAGAGAAGUAAAUAAAAUUCAAAAUGGCCAGCUACCUAGGGUCUGUAGCUUUGCUGUGUGGAUUGUGAUGAUGCCUGGAACUUCCAUCCUUCCCCUAGACUUUCCCACCCCACUUAGCUGCCAAGAGCCCAGUCCAUUCUGUGUUCUGACUUCUGUUCUUCUACUACUCUUAACUGAGGUUUAUAUGGAAGCUAGGUAUCUGGCUUUAAAAGCUAUAGCCUUAACUUCUACUUCCUUAAUCCUGUAGUAGGUUCCUUUUAUUAUUUUAUAAGUCUUCUCUUGAGAAUACUUUCUGUUUGCUCUAAAUUUGGAGGUCAGAUCCUCACAAGGAUGCUGCCAGCAAAGGCAGAGUAACCUUCAGGGUGACUUAUACAUUGAAGAAGUCACCAGGGUUUGAACUUCAGCUUUUUAGUCUCAAAUUUUUGUCAGCACUGAGAAUGGGUCCAUUUCAGGGAUGAAUUCACAUUGUCCAAACUCAUAGUAUAUAGAAAGUAAUGUGUAAAUCUAGAAUACUGAUAUAUAUGUGAUCUUACCAAGUUCUUCUAGAAAAUAGGCUCCACAGAAGGCAGACUUCUAUGCUGUUUGAUGCUAGUUCAGUGCCCAGUAUGUAGGUGCUCAACAAAUAUUUGAAUACCUGAUAUAACUCCUGUCUGUCUUCUCUCUGUAAAUAAA